AGUCGACUGGUGGCGCGGCGAUUCAGAGAUGCGGACGGUUGGUGAGGUGAGGGAAACUCUAACAUGGUGAGGGGGGCUGGGGUCGACCACGGCGGGGCGAGCUGAGGUCGACCUGCGGUGAGGCGAACGGAGGUUGACCGGAGCGGGGUCCGCGCCAUUUAUGGCUGCAGACGGGAUGAUAUUGUAGUAUUGAGCAGACUCGAUCGAGGUGACCGUCGGGGGCAAGACGCGAUGACGGGGUCAAUGACGCCACGCCACGCGACACGCUGAUCGACGCAGCGACGGGCCGAACUGCCUGCCCAGCUGGCCACGCAGACCAGACGCGGGCCGUACACGACUCGCAGCCAAGCACGAGAACGCGGCUCACCGCCCGCCAUGAGCGCGUCCGAGCAAAUCGAGCUCGACCCCACGCACGCCUGGGUCGACCACGACACCUACCAGCGCGGAGACGACUCCUACCCGCACUCGGACGACGAGCCGGACGUGCGGACCCCGCUCAGCCAGCACCUCAGCCCGCGCUCGCCUCUUCGCUCCCACUCCUCCAGCCCCUCCCACUACCCGUCCGACCCCCUCAGCCCGAACCCGUCCGCCAAACCCAAGGGCUCCGACGUCCACCCCGAAUGGCGCCGCCACAUCUACCUCCUCCUCGAAGUCCCCACCUCCUCCCCCGCAGCCUUCCUCAUGCACGUCUUCAUCACCGCCCUCAUCGCCGUUUCCGCCGUCGUCACCGUGCUAGAGACCGUCCCCGAGUUUCAUAGUAUCAGCCCCGCGGUGUGGUUCGGCGUCGAGAGUGCGCUGGUCGCGCUCUUCACGAUCGAGUAUGUCGCAAGGUGUGUCGCGCAUAGCACCACCUGGCGCACGGCGGUUAGGUGGUUCGUGUCCUUCUUCGGCAUCAUCGACGCCCUCGCCGUCAUCCCCUACUACAUCGAGAUCGCCCUCCACCAGGACACAUCCAUCCUCUUCCGCUUCUCCAUCUUACGCAUGUUCAGGCUCCUGCGCGUCUUUAAGCCGUUCAGAUACAACUCCAUCGUCCUCCUCACCAUCGAGGUCAUGUACCUCUCCGUCCGCCGCUCCCAGCACGCCCUCCUCGCCAUCGCCUUCUUCGUCGUCAUGGUCCUCACCGUGUUUAGCACCCUGCUCUACUUCGCCGAGCGCGGCGCGUGGGACCCGAUCCUGGAGACGUUCGUCAACACGGAUGGGGAUCCGAGCCAGUUUGCGUCUAUCCCCGCCGCGGCCUGGUUCGUGCUCGUUACCAUCACCACCGUCGGCUACGGCGAGAUCACGCCGCGCUCGUUCCUCGGGCGGCUCGUGACGCUGCCGCUGCUUGUUUUUGGCCUCCUCCUCAUCGCGCUCCCCUCCUUCGUCCUCGGCCGCGAGUUCUCGCUCGUGUGGGAGCGGAUGGCGGGGCAGGGCGGGCGGUUUGCGGAGGCGUUUGGGGGUGCCAACGGGGGAGAGCACGCCGACCACUGGGACCCGCUCGACUCGCCCGUGGAGCCGACGCACAGGACUAACCAUAGGAGGGAAGCGAGCUCGCUGGGCUCGAUGUUAAGACGAAGCGAGGAGGUGCUGGGGCGGAGCGAGGCGAAUCUGCUGGGGAGGACGACCGGGAGGGAAGCGGACGCGCUUGCACAUCUGAGCGCGCAGGUGGGCGAGCUGAGGGGCGUGGUGGAGCGGCAGACCCGCCUGCUCGAACGGCUACUUGGCGAGAAGGAGCGCGAGCGGCGGAAGGGGAAGGGGAGGGCGGAGGGGUGAAGGGAGGGCGGAGGGGUGAGGCGAGGGUGUGGUGGUGGGUGCUACGAGUUGCGUGCCGCGGCACAUCGCCAACCCGCGACCGCUCUCAAGAGGCGAGGGAGACUGUACGCCGGGGCGAGGCGAGCUGGGGGGUAAAGGGGUGAGGCGAGGCGAGGCGAGGCGAGGCGGAGGGGCGACGCAAGGGAGCAGUGGGUGAUGCAGAGGCGAAGGACGAGGGCGGAGGAGAAGGACGAACCCAAGCACGCACGCAUAGACGUACUGAUACCCCACACAAUUCAUCGGAUAGAGUGUAUUCUGGUGUACAGAUGGCGAUAGCUGAGUACAUACAUGCGAUAGCUGAGUACAUGCAUGCAUGCGGAAAGUGAGGAUGCGAGAGGAUAAGGGGGGAGAGGGAGGAUGGAGGAGAUGGUGGAGGGAAGUGGGGCGCCUGGCACCCACGAGCGGGCAGGCAGGGAAGUAGAGCGCGUGUCG